UGCGCACAAGACGUUUUACUCACCAACUUAACCUCAAGUUUUUUAUGAAAAAAAUUAGCAGAACGUACUAAAGUUACCGACGAAAUAUUUCAAUCUAAUUUUGCAGAUAGAAAAGUCGAAAGAACCGAAAACAAUAAAAUCAUCAAUCAAAAUAUUAUACGAGGAGAUAAUUAAAUCGAUGAAAUCGACUGGAUUAACAAUUAAAAUUGAGGUGGGUAAUAAAGUUGAGAAUGUUACGCGCUUCUAUGAUUGCCACUGCUGUCAACAGCAGGGUAUCAACACAAUUGGUGAUGAAUGAAUGGAUUGGAAUCAACGCAACAUUCGCUCAGAUUAUUCGCUGGAAAAGAAAGCCUAUUUGGUUGCCACAAGCUAAAAGCAAACUUUUCAAAGUUCCACCGAGGCUGCGACUCCCCCAGGAAGAAGCAGUGGAAAUCCUGAGAUUGUACAAUAACUACCGGACAAAUAGAAAAUCAAUCAGAGGAUAUCUGGAACAACUGAUGCAAGCCAGUCAAGUACAAUUUGAUGAAGUAUCACUAAAAAACGCUGAGGAGGAGGACUACGCGAAUUGUUCAAAGAUCAAUGAUGAAUGGAACAAAGAAUUAGCGAAGCGGCGGGAGAUUCGUUUGGCGAAGGAAAAAGAGAAUCGUAUACAAGAGACUCUGAAGAUAUUCAACGAGAAGAAACAAUUGAACGAAAAAAUAAUGGAGGAAAUCGAAGGGAAAGUGAAGAGAGCUAGAAUGGAGGCGAAGACAUUCAUCACCAGAGAAAACAUUGAUCGUGCAAUAGAAGAAGCAUUGGCUGAUGUUGUGGAUUAUAACGCAGCGAUUGAUAAGGAAGGCCGUUUGUAUGGUAAAAGUGUGGAUAAUAAACAACAGGCUUCAGUUUAACAAUGA